AUGCCGCCUCAUCGUCGUCAAGAUGCCCCACGUCGCGUCAAACGUGCUCCAUUACCAGACCACAUCUCCUGCGUCCUUCCAAUCCACCAAUCCUGCUCCGGAGACCUACGAGCUCUCCAUGCCAGAUUACCUCCUCAAAGCCUCCAUCGUUGGAUCAAAGAUGCCACAGAAGCACUCCGAGAUUCGUCCAGUAAAUUUGCAGAGAGCCGACGACAGAGAGUUUUCGAACAGAAUUUAGAAAGAGAUGAAGAAACGGAACAGAAGAUAGCGGAACUUGGUGUGAGGGUUGAAAGGAAUAUUAGGGGUUUGGUGGAUGUGGAUGAACAGUUGAAGAUGAUGAAGACUGUUCUUCAGGAUAUUAGUGAGGCUGAGAAGAAUAGAGGGAACAAUGAUGGGGUGCAGCCUGUUGAGGAAUUUUUGAACCAGAUGAAGAGGGGGGGUAGAGCUUACCGAAGAAGAGAUUUGAAGGAUAGGUAUGGAAAUUCGGCGGAAUAUAUCGAACUACGAUCUUUAGUCCACGGCCUUGCCAAACCUACCGCUCCACAACCACAAAAGAAAGAUUGGUUUAAGACUCCAAUGUUUGUGUGUGAUGGUGAAGCUCAAAUUUCAGAUGAAGAGCCGGUAUCGGAAUCAGAGGGUGAAGAUGUCGAGCAGGAUAUUGAAAUGGCCAACGAAGAUGAUGACGACUCCGACGAUGGUAUCCAAGCUGUAGCCGUCACACGAAACUUAAAGUGCCCUCUCACCAUGCAACUUUUCAAGGAUCCGGUGAAAGCGAGCUGUGGGCACGUUUUCGAGAAAGAAGCCUUGGUAGAGGUGUUGAGAAAUUACAAGCAGCUAAAGAAGGAAAAUACUUGUCCUACUCCGGGAUGUGGGAAACUGAUUAAUGUUAAAGAUCUAAAACCAGACGCACUCACGAAGCGGUUGGCAGAAGCAAAAGCUCGGGAAAGAGAUUUGGCAGAGCAACGGGCUGUUAUAGCUGGAGCUGGGAAUGACGAGUCUGAAGACGAAGAAGUUGUUGUAUCACAUUCGAAGAAGAAGAGGAAGCCGAAACCUGUGAUCAAGGAGGAAGAGAUUCCAUAUGGCGAGGGCUCUGGAGACGAAGAAGAGAGAGUUCCGGAUUCACAUGAUGAGCAGAAUGAAGACGAUGAGGAGGAAGGCGAGAACCGGGUCUCAGACUCAAAUGACGAAGCUGAAGAAGAGGACGACGAGGAAGACGAUGAAAUGGAGAGCGAGUAA